GUACGAUUGUGGGCAGCGAGUGGAACGGUGGCUGUGCCAGAUGGAUGACCAAUUAUAAAGUUUUACAUUCAAUAAUCACUUUCCAUGGAUCUCUAGUUACAGAAGCAGAGGAACGAGAACAAGAGAAAAACAAGGAAAACUCGAGUGCUGUAGCAGCAGCAGUAAGUGAUAAUGGAGAAGAUGCAAUAAUAAUAAUAAAGCGCGUCGAGGUGGCCGUGCUAGACGGGCUAGCAUUACGGUAUUGUUGCUGAAAGAACACCAAAGAGAAAGGCCACCACUCGCCAAAUAGCCCGUUACCAUUGAGGAGAGGUCCAUCUCUCUCUCUCACCUGACUGGAGUAUACGAGUCGCUCAGAGUCCGGAGUAGUAAGCUCUUGCAGACCUCGAGAACAAGAACGGAGCGAGCGCGCGCUCACCGACAACUUUUUCGCAUCCGAUCCACAUAUUAAAACCAGUGCAAAACCAAUCGACACAACAAUCGUUUAUAAUCAAUUUUACACAAACAAUAAGUGCUUAUAAGUGUUUAUAGACAACAAUGUGCUUGCCGUGAACAUCCAGUGGACAUCUUCAACUGCAUCUGGAUCAAACCAUUUUCGUCCUAAAUUUCAACAUAAGAUGAAUCUAUUACCGGUGCUGGUAAUUCUGAGCGGGAUUUCCGCAAUCCUCGCAGACUCCUACAGACCAUGCCCCGAGUUAUCCAGAGAACUAAGGUUACCAUGCAAAUGCGCCCUAGGUCCCAUCGAGGCAGCCUUGGACGGAAAUCCUGCGAUCAGCGUAGACUGCGACAGGGUAGUUUUCCAAGGAGAUUUUCCUGCUUUACCAUACGGCGCUCCGAUCGUCAGCUACAGGCAAAGACACGCUGGAUACCAGAGCCUCCCCACACAAGCGUUCGCGCAAUCCGGACUUCCACUGAGAAGCCUCGACUUCUCCGGAAACUCGCUACGCCGACUGACGGAUCGACUGUUGAACGGUCUUCAGGAUAGUUUAUUAGAAUUGCGACUCGCUGACAAUUUGUUGGGGGACACGUUGAACCCGAUCUUCUCCAGCAGCGAAUUCCACGGUCUCAGACAUCUCCAGCUGAUGGAUUUGAGCGGAAACGGUAUAAAAUCUAUAGAAGAAGGCAUACUCGAAGGUUGCGAAAGAUUACAGGAACUUAUUUUGGAUAGGAACAGUUUAAGCUCGAUACCCGGAGCAUCUCUAAAUGGUCCAAAAUCGCUGAAAAUCCUCUCCGUGAAAGAAAACAGAAUAACUAUUGUUAAAUCCGGCGCUUUUCAAGCGCAAAGGAACUUGGAUAUCAUAGAUCUGAGCCACAACUUAAUUGGAAACAUCGAAGGUGCAGCGUUUUCUCAUUUAGAUAAAUUGAAGAGUCUCAAGUUGGGCAGAAACAGGUUGACCAAGUUUAACAGCGACGUUUUCCAAGGAGCCGACAAUCUGCAGCAAUUGGAUCUAUCCGAAAAUUUCAUCACUGAAUUCCCGAGCGUCGCUUUAAAGGCUUUCGCCAAUCUCAGAUACCUCAACUUAUCUUCAAACUUAAUUCAGAGUUUGGAUAAUAACGAUUUGACGCAUUUGGUGAAUCUGUACCAUUUGGAUUUGAGCAGAAACAACAUCGCUAAUAUUGUGCCCGGUACUUUCUUGGGAUUGAAGCAGUUAAGACGUUUGGAUAUUAGCGUUAACUCUUUAAGAACUAUCGAGGACGACGCUUUCGAAGGUUUGGAUAACUUGGAGCAUCUCAGUUUGAAGGAUAACACGAUUUUCUUGAUUCCUGCUUCGGCAUUGGGAAGGUUACCGAAACUUCAAUCUCUUCAUCUGGAUUACAACAGGGUCGCCGCUUUGUCCGGAGAUAUAUUAAGAUCGAUCGCUGAACGCGUUACAAAUCUGGUCAUUUCCAAGAACUUAAUCAGAGAAUUACCACCAGCGACCUUCCAGUAUUUCCAGCAACUCGAGCAUUUGGAUCUGACGAGGAACAGUUUGAUGACUCUGAACAGCGAUACCUUUGAAGGGCUUGAGAAUAGUUUGUUGAGUCUUAAGGUGGCUCAAAAUGCGAUCACCAACUUGGCCGGUCCACCAUUGGCUUUGGUCAAGCUGAUGUCUUUGGAUCUGAGCGACAAUCAGUUGGCGGAUUUGGCUAGAAACUCUUUCACUUUACUUCCCAAUCUGAGGAAGUUAAAUUUAAGUAGAAACUCUCGAUUGAGUUCGAUUCCUCCAACGCUUCUGCACAAAUUGGAUAAUCUGGAAGUUAUUGAUCUAAGCCACAUCAAUCUGAAGUCGCUAUCCACGGAUCUUCUUGCGAAGAAUCUGUUAAUCAAAGAGAUUUACUUGAACGACAACGAUUUGAGCGAAAUCACUGACGGUACUUUUGUGAAUUUAAGAAACUUGACAAGAAUUGAUUUAUCCGAUAAUUCAAUAGCCAAUAUAAGACCGGGAGCUUUCGUCAACGCGAUGAAUCUCAAAGAACUUUAUUUGCAAGGUAAUCAAUUGGCCGUAUUCAGAGGGGAAUUCUUCAACACGGGAACCGGUCUAGAAAUUCUGGACGUUUCCAACAACCUCUUAAACUACGUUUACCCAUCGUCGUUCAGAAUCCAUCCGAGACUGAAGAAAAUUGUAGCGGGAAACAACAAAUUCAACUUUUUCCUUCCCGAAGUCAUAGCGACGCUUCAAUACUUGGAAUUCGUCGAUUUGUCCGGAAACAUGCUGGAAGCCGUCGAGGAGCUCGAAUUCGCUAGGUUACCGAAGCUUCGAUGCUUGUUGCUUGGCAACAACAAAAUUGAGAGCGUCCACGAGAUGUCGUUCCACAACUCCACGCAACUGCAGAUCAUCGAUCUGAAGAACAACAAAUUGGAUAGAUUAGGUGAAAGGACUUUCGAGGGUUUGGUGCGAAUCGAGAUGCUUAACUUGGAAGGUAACAGAUUAUCGGAUCUUCCGGAGACUAUAUUCGAGAGAUCCAGGCUGCAGAUGCUGGAGAACAUAAAUUUGGCGCGCAACAACUUCGAAGUUGCCCCACUGAAAUCGCUGCAAAGACAAUACUUCUUCGUCAACUCGGUGGAUCUUUCACACAACAAACUGAAAGAGAUCCCUGCAGAUGAUAGCACCAUGGUUAAUAUUAAGAAACUCGAUUUGAGCUUCAAUCCGCUCUCGGAGAAAGCCAUAGAGAAUAUCUUAGGAGAGCCGAAGACUGUGCGGACUUUGAAUUUGGCUGGGGUGGGCAUCGUGAACGUGGCGCGUCUCGAAACGCCGUUCUUGAGUUUUCUAAAUCUGAGUCACAACAACAUCUCUGAUCUAUCGGCUAAAGUCUUCGAACGGACGACUUUGCUGGAAACUUUGGAUAUAUCCAAUAAUAACGUUAAAGAUUUAACAAACUUCCCCAAGAUAUGGGAAGUGCUGAGGAAUUUGCAAGUCCUCAAUAUGUCGUUCAAUCCGAUCGCUAUGAUUUCCAACAACGAUUUCGAAGGAUUGAAGUCGCUGAGGUACUUUAGCUUGAGGGAUUUGGAGCAGUGUUCUCGCAUCGAGAAGAAUUCGUUUAAAUCGACGCCGAAUUUAUCCGUUCUAGAUGCUUACAAUUUCCCGAAAUUGGGAUACUUGGACGUUCCUGGAUUGUUACUGAAUCUUCCCUCUUUGGAGAAGGUUAAUAUUGAGAUUAAGGAUGCAGCGAUUGGUAACGAUCAGCUGUUGAGCAUUCUUCAUCCGAGGUUGAGGGAGUUGGGGCUUCACGGCUCGAGAUUGAGAAGCAUCUCUUCGACUGCCUUAUCCGGUUUGAAAGGAUCUUCGGUUAUGAUUCGUUUGAUGAACACCUCAUUGACUUCCAUCUCUCCAGCGCUUUUCUUCCCGGUUCCUCCAUCGAGCAAGAUCACUUUGGACGUCUCCGGCAGCCAAUUGAGCACUCUCAGUCCGCAGCUGAUUAACACUUUGAGCGAGAGGAAGGAAAAUCUACAUAUUGUUGGCUUGGAAACGAAUCCGAUCAUUUGCGAUUGCUCAGCGAAAGCUUUGAGAAAAUGGGCGAACAAUAAGAUGACUUCGAUAAAGUGCUCAGCUCCGGAACAUUUGAUGAACAAAUACCUGGUGGAAGUUGGCGACGAUGAGCUUUCGUGCGAUUCGAGGAGAGCGACGACGCAAACGCCGAGCACUUUCGGCGCUUCCAAAACGACGAGAUUGCUGCCGAAGACGACCGAACCCGAGAUUAUCUGGUCGGUGGCUUCGACGGAAAAGAUCAAACCGAAAACGGCGCAGAAACCGGCGAUCGGACAAUCGAGUAUAAACAACGACGACACUCUAAUCAUUGGCAUCGUCGGCGGCGUCGUCGCCUUCAUCGCCAUCCUGAUCAUCAUUAUCUGCAUAAUCAGGCUGCGGAUGACCAACACCCAGUACAGGGGCGGUCCUCUCGCCAAUGGCAACCCCGUGAUGGGACCGGUGAUUGGUCCAGCCAGCAGUUGCGCCACCUGCAGCGUCAAGGGAGCACCGCCCGUUUACGUGCCUUCCUACGGCGGCUACUCCUCGACCCUCCCACACAAACUCUCGGCCACGCCCAACGCGCGCCCCGCCUACUCAACGAUGGGCCGAAUGCCGCCCUACUCUCAACCCUACUUCAUAGCCACCUAUCCAUCAGACGAGAAGAUCUAUCGGUAGUGAAUGAUCCAUCGAAAUCGCGAAAACUGUAUAUUACAUUUUAGAAAAUUAAGUACAAAUCAAUGGAAGAGAGAGAGAGAGAAAAGA